GAGAGAGAGAGCGAGAGAGAGAGAGAGAGAGAGAGCAUGGAUGAGGAGCAAUCCCCACGCGUAGCGAUUCUACCGUGUCCAGGCAUGGGUCACCUCAUCCCACUCACUGAGUUGGCUCGCCGACUCGUCCUCUACCACAACUUCUCUGUAACAUUCAUCAUCCCUUGCAUGGAUUCCACCCCCCAACCAGCUCAACAUGAAAUCUUAAAUGCCCUCCCGAAGUCCAUAAAUUCCAUUUUUCUCCCUCCACCUCCCUUGCACGACGUCCCCAACACCACCCGCGUGGAGACCCAGCUCUGCAUCGCCAUGAACCGAUCCAUGCCAUCCUUCCGUGACGCUCUCAAGGCCUUAGCAUCCACCACUCAACUCGUCUCUCUCCUAGUGGAUCUCUUCGGGACAGAUGCACUUGACGUGGCUCAAGAGCUGCGGAUCACACCCUACAUCAUCUGCCCCAUAUCGUCCAUGGCCUUGUCGUUCUGCCUCUACCUUCCAACACUCGACACAACCUUCUCCGGCGAUUAUGAAUACAUGCCAGAGCCACUGAAGCUGCCUGGCUGUGUUCCAAUCCAAGGAAGUGAUCUGCCAGACGGAAUUUCUCAACGGUCGGAUGAAGCUUAUCUAUGGAUCCUACGUCACACGAAACGGUACAAAGAAGCGAAGGGUAUUUUGGUAAAUAGCUUCACUGGAUUGGAACCGGAAGCUAUCCAUGCUUUGAAGGAAGGGCGACUCGGUGGACCGUCUGUUUACCCUGUUGGACCGGUUGUACGAACUGAUUCGGUCCGUGAAGGGGAUACGCACGAGUGUUUGAGAUGGUUGGCCCAGCAGCCACGUGGCUCUGUACUGUUCGUGUGUUUUGGGAGUGGUGGGACCCUCUCUUCUGAUCAGAUGAACGAGCUGGCCUUGGGAUUAGAGCUGAGUGGCCAAAGGUUCUUGUGGGUUGUGCGUUGCCCACAUGGAAAAGAUUCCAGUACUGCAAUGUUUUCUAGUGAUCCUUCCGACUAUCUACCGAAAGGGUUUGUUGCUAGAACAAAAGCGGUAGGGCUUGUGGUUCCUUCAUGGGCCCCACAGAUCCAAGUGCUGAGCCACAUGUCUACAGGAGGGUUCUUAUCUCACUGUGGAUGGAACUCGUCACUCGAGAGUAUUGUGCACGGUGUGCGCAUGAUAGCAUGGCCACUCUAUGCAGAGCAGAAGAUGAAUGCUGUACUGUUGGUGGACGGUCUAAAAGUAGCACUGAGGCCCACUGCUGGUGAGAAUGGUUUGGUGGGGAGGGAAGAGAUUGCUAGAAUCGUGAAGGAUCUAAUGGAGGGUGAAGAAGGAGAGAGGAUGAAGAAAAGGAUGCAAGAACUGAAAGAUGCUAGUGCUAGGGCUUUAGCUGAAGAUGGAUCUUCUUUCAUGGCUCUGUCUGAGGUGGCCCGGGAAUGGAAGAACCUCUGAUGUGAAGGUAUCCAUAUGGAUUUAAGACUCGGCCUGUCCCAACUUCAAUUCAAGCGAUCUUGACUCGGUGGAGUAUUACCUGCACUGGAGAACGUCAGUUUUGCUGCCACACAGCACUGUCACAAGGUUCAUUUUCUUUUGGUUAUUUUAAUGCCUUGUACGCUUUUGAAAAACAAUAUUUAAGAUCUUCUCAUCACUUUGAUA